AUGGCGACAGGGCCGGCGGGUGAAAUUCCUCCUUCAAGGGAAGCAGCCAAUGGCAACGACACCAAUACUACGAGCCUCAUGCCGAUGUGGUCUCGCUUGGGCACGGCCUUCACAUACAGAACCACGGCACAAGCAGCUGUGGCGCGCGACCGCGCGAGACGAUUCUCAGACACAGAUAGGCCUCCAGCAGCAGCUUCAAGCACAACAUCAGAACGGCCAACUGCGGUACUCAGUAGAGAUGGAUCGCGCUGGCUUCCUGCUCCCGACGAACGACUACAGCGAUACCGCACGAACAGUUCAGUCACUGAUCAAAACACAAUCGACCCUGCUCCGAUCCCGAUGGAACAGCAUUCCUGCACCUCUCCAGAGUGCGCAGUGACGAAAGUGUUCGAGACGACUGAACUUCUGGAAUUGAUAAUGCAGCAUUUGCAGACCUCUGAUGUCCUGGUCCUCCGCCGCACCAGCCGCAAGUGGGAUGCUACGAUCCAUCAGUCACCACAGCUGCGCCUGCACUUCUUUACGUAUGGUCAAUGGAGUAGGCCAGGUUCCAAGUACCAACUUCUGCCAUUGAAGCUACCUGGUCUUGAGAUCGGCGACGGUAACGGAAUCCAUCUUGGUCGUUGGAUCACAGUGAGCCUUACGCCGGAAGCAGCACGCCGCAUCGCUCCCGAUGCUCGACACAACAGACGAGUGCGUGCCAGAUCGAUCAACGAAGGCUUGAGAGGUGGGCUGGGAUCUCUCGCGCAGAAGUCUGGCGAUUCAUGGCCGAACGGCAGUACUACGGCGAGCGACAAGACCACGUCGGCUGAUGCCGGCACUCUUCAAUACGAGGACCUUUUCGUGACGCAGCCGCCGCUGAUGGGGAUGCAAGCGUUUCUGGCGAAGCCUCCAAAGGCUCAAUCAGACGAAGACAAGUCGACUAUAGAGGCCUCAAUGUCUGGGUGUCGACUUGACGACCUUGACGAACUCGAGAAACUCGAAGAACCAGAACGACCGUCCGCAAAGCUUUCUUGCGAAUCAGGCAUGACCCUGGGCUUUCUGGCAGAGACAGCCCAGUCCAUAUUGUCGCCUUCGGAUCCAGCUUCUUCCAAGGUCGAGGAGGCAACGAUCGUUUUCAAAGCCAUCAUGUCGUUCACGGAGCCACAGACGAUUUCGAAGAAGCGAUCGACCACCCGCAGCGUGGUCAGGCUUGGUCCGACAUGA